GCUAUGGCUUUCAACAAAAAAUAUGCUGGUCUCCCGGACCUGGAUCUCGCUCCCGAUAUCUACGAAACCCCGGACUUAACAGACGAAGCCUCCACCGUCCCGACAGCUACACUUCGUACAGCCUCAAAUCCAGACGACACUGGUUCGGACUCGGAUAUUGACAGGGAACCCGUCAAUGCGGACGAAGCGCGCGCCCAUUUCCUCGGAGCUACGGUCGACGCCCGCCAUGUAAACUUUUCAGACAGCAUUGCUACGAAGCGAAAGUCGUAUAGGAGUAAAAGCCGACAGAGGCGGAAGGACACCCUCGCAGAUGAAGAAGACAGCGAUGAGGAAACUGAGAGCGUGGAAAGAAAACUCGCACGUUUGCAGCGUGAGGUGGAGGAAUUAAAAGAUGAGAUGGCGGCGUCUCAGAACCGUCCGACGAGCGAGUCCGGCGAUGUCUCAGGCGAGGCGAAGGACACAUCAGAUGAUAGCGUCGAGAAGCUCAGUCAGGCACUGGAUAACCUCUACGCCUCCUCUCGGGGUUUGUUGCAGCCUCAUUCAGCAGCCGCUCUGAUAUCUCGGAAGCUUGCAUCAGCACCUACACAGGCGUCAGAAGUCAGUGGGGGCCAGAGCAAGGCCGCAGCAAGCACCGAAGCCGAAACCACUGUUCCCGUCGCUGGCAUCCUCUCCCACGCCGCCUCCUUUGACACUCGACUAGCUCUCAUCGAAUCGGCGAUGGGCAUAUCAACGUCAUUGAACCCGUUUGUCACUGAAGGAUCCUCAGAACCGCCUCUCCAACCAGUCCUUCCAGCACUCGACCAUCUCAACUCCCGUCUCUCAACACUCAUCACCCUUCUCGUCGGGCCGACCCCUAUCCCCGCAGUACCGACAACGUCCGCUGCCGCAACCUCAACCGCGGUCACAACCCCGCACCUCGAGAUGCUUUCUACCCGCGUCAGGAAGCUGACAGCAGACGCUGAAGCACUUGCGUCAGCGCGAAAACGCGCACUUGACUCCGCAAAGGCUGCGCACAGCUCGCGCCAUCGCACAGCAUCGGAUUUCUCCUCCCCUAUUGAUCCCGAGCAAGCUGCUCAGCGCGACGAACAAGCGACAAAGAUUCAAGCACUCUACGCCACUCUCCCUACUAUUCAAUCUCUUCAUCCAAUUCUCCCCAGUGUUCUAGAGCGCCUGCGCUCUCUCCGCGCCAUCCACGCCGGCGCCGCGCAGGCCGCGGAAUCACUUGACGAACUGGAAAAGCGCCAAGCUGAUAUGGCAGGGGAGAUUGAGCAAUGGCAGGAGGGGUUGAAGGUUGUUGAGGAGAAGAUGUCUCAGAGUGAGGCAGCGCUAAAGAGUAAUAUCGAGCUUGUUGAACCGUGGGUGAGGGAUCUAGAAAAGAGAAUGGAGAAGUUGGAGAGUGGGAAGUGAAGUACUUAAUAUAGUGUAAGGUGAGAUGAUGCAGAUACCCGGUGAUAGAUUAUGGUAGCAUGGAAGAAAGCGCAA